CUGGCGAACAAUCAUGAAAACAUAGGAUUUGGCCUGGCCACCAACAAGAAGACUCACAAGAAACCAGGAGUACCGCCUAACCCUUUGGUUCCAGGAGUAUUUGCCACGGAGGAGGACCAGGUUCCGAGACGUAAGACGAUGACCCAAAAUGGUUCAAAGAAGUCAUUAUUACAGAAGUUUGGGUUGUCAAAGCCAAAACGUAAAAUAUACGUUAUUCUCGGACACUCUCCAGAAGUUGGCAUCAAGCAUCAAAAAUCCAAAGAGUACUGGCUCAUGGAAAAGUUGUCCUUGCUGAACAAGAAACAUUAUUGCGAAAAACACGGUUAUGAACUAAUAGUUGUCAACGCCCUAGACGACGACGUAGGACUUUAUCAAAAAAGGUACCAACACGAAUUCAGAGAAGGUUGGGAAAAAUUUGAUCUGCUCCGGAAGCUAAUGAAACAGACCCCACAGGAUGAGUCGUCACCUGUCGAACAAUGGUAUUGGUAUCUGGAUAUCCACACCAUCAUUAUGGAACCAAAAUUAUCGCUUGAGGACGUGAUAUUCAAAAAUUUGGACUAUUUAUACCGCGACCUCAAAUAUUUCAACCCAAACAAUUUGAUCAUUGACGAGGACUUGAACCAAUUCACCAUUGGCUCCUCAUUGAAAGAGACCAACGACAUCAACAGCGUGGACCUCAUAUUAACGCAGGAUUGCAACGGCAUCAACUUGAAUUCAUUCCUUAUCAAAAAAAGUGAGUGGUCCAACUUACUUUUGGACGUUAUUUGGGAUCCUGUAUUCUACAAACAAAUGCAUGUCAAGUGGGUGAAACAUGGCACAGAGAAAAAGUAUGGAUUUAGACUGAGCACAGACGAGUACGACUCCAAUUCGUACAACAACGACGUGGAGGAAAGAAACUGUCUGGAGUAUCUUUUCAAUACACAAUCUUGGAUCAGAUCUAAAAUCGGAUUCAUGCCUACAAAGGCUUUCAACUCUCUUUCUGACGACUUUUGCAUAGCUGAUCCAGACGAACUUGAUGAAGAUCUCGAGGCCCUGCUUUCCUCAGAACCUGAGGAGAUAGCAAAGGCGGGAGCUGCCAGAUCGCAACUUUUAAGAAAUCAGCAUUUCCAUUACAGGCCUGAGGAUCGGGACUUCCUAGUUAACUACAUGAACUGCGAAAAACAUCACACUUGCUGGGACCGAUUCCAGGAAUACACUGAUAUUUAUGAGGAGCUGCACAAGAGCUGGUUCCUCAAGUUGUUCCAUUUGUAG